UCGUCAAUGACGCUUAUUUUUCACAAUAUUUAUUUGGAGAACGUAUUCAUGUAUUUACGAUCGAUGUAAACUUUUCUUUUCACAUUUCGUAUGUAUUGUAAAAUCAACUUGAACUGAUUCCUUAUUUUCUAUAAAUUCUGACAUGCUUUGACGUAUAAUUUUUAAUUACUGAGCUGAGUGAAGAUGAAAGACACAUUGGAAAUGGAUUUGAGACCAGUUACCAAUCUGUAUUCGUCAAGAAUAGCUGAAUGGAAAGACAGAGAGUUACAGCUGUCUCGAUUACAUGAGGAAAUAGUAGGAAAGAGGGAGACUCACUUGAAUUACAGUAUAGCUUACUCAAAAAACAGAGCAACAAGACUCCAAACCACUGAGCUUGUAGAUAUAGAAAAAGCACGUCAUAGGAAUGAAAAAUACUUACAGGAUUUAAUGUCAAUUGGUGAGAACUUAAAGGUAGAGGGAGACAACCCAAUAAGUCCCAGACUGGCUACUCUUCAG